UAAAAGAGGCGUUCUUCUUGGCAUAUUUUAGGACCUCUAUCUCAGGUAUAAGUACGGCGUUGGUUGAAUCCUCAUCACCAGUCUGAGUACCCGCUUCAGGGCCUCGUCGUGACUGCUGCUAGUACAGGAAGUUCUAAAAAAUUACUAUGGGACGAGUCCUCCGUCACUACCAUGUGUUCAGUUUCUCUUUUCAUCUGGUGGUCUACGUGGUUAUGGUUUUUUACUCUGGUUGCGUUGCCGCCGCCACCACGGACCACGCGCAGGAUGGAGAUAUUGAGACGGUUCGAGGACGACCUAGAUCUGGACCUGGACUUAGACAUACUGGUGGCAUUAUUCCGACUGCUUUCGGCGCAUUGCUGAUUGGCCCAGCUACAAAUGAACACCGUUUUCCCCAGAUCAGACCUUCAUCACAAUACAAGAGACCGAAUGUUGAUGGCGCGACUGUCGAUAUGCCCCAAGUGCAGGCUUCAACCGGCGAGACGCGUGUUAGUGUCGAUCUCAGUGGCGGCAAUAGUCGUGCUCGAACUAAGACUCCGCUUGGACUGCGGCGUCCUGAAACCCGACGGCGGCUAACAUUAGCACACGCAGGCUCCACCAUGACGCAAAACAAAUACAUGGUUCCUCCAACACAAAGCGGUGAAUCCUCAGCACGCAGUGGUGUCGAAAAUCAAGAUCGCUCUAAGCAUGACGAAGAUAAAAACGAGGUCGAUUUCAGCGAUCUGAUGACGUACGUGGAACCAGUGAAAUUCAGAAUAUUCCCGACUGCGCGGGCCUCUCAACGACAAGUGGAAAAUGCUCAACAUCAAAUACAUGCUUCUGAUCCGGUUCGGUCGUGGAAUCGCACGAGGACGCCGGUGCGUAUGAUAGUGGCACCUAGAAUCGUAAGCUACGGAAAAACCUCCCCCUACACUAGUUUACAAGUUGUAACACCCGCAUCUGCAAUGAAGCGAACCAGAGCGGCCUCAUACCUAGAUAAUCAAGGUGGUCACCUUUUUACAAUUGGAGCUAGUCCUCUGCCUAUGUCGCGCCUAGCUCCGAUUGUCAAACGGGCUAGAAGAAAACAAGAAGAUGUGGAUACAGGUGCGGGCACUGUAACUAAAAAACGGGAAGUAGAUCCUGCUCUUCCAGUGGAAAAUCAUGACUCGUCGUCGACUCCUAUGAGGGUGUAUGUAGCAGGAGAUGGGCAAGAGAUUGCUCCGCCACGACCGAUAUCCUCCAACAUGUCUAUGCCAAGAGCAUCCAAAGAGGAAAGAAAUCUUGUUCCUCUAGCUGAUGCGAUGAGGGAUCCAGACCCAGAGCAGGAUACAGAGUAUGUAACGUUACAGGGUUAUCAUGGUACCGCGGCUGUCAAUUUCGCAUUGAUUCGCGCGUUUGGGUUUGAAGCCUCUAGCGGAGGCUUUUAUGGGCCUGGCAUCUACUUGAUGAAUGUUUUGUCUACGACUGAACACUACGCGAGCAAAGGAUUUCCAUAGCCGAUGGUGCUCAUGGUUACGUUCAGAGUGAAACGUAGUCGCCUGUUAAACGCCGUCGUGCGAGGGAAAAACGACCUGAGGCGGAAAGCAGACGACGAGUGCAGUAGCGUGAAUGUCGACCACGCCCCUAACAGGACAGAACCGUCAAGUCCGCACACUAGGGAAGCGGAACGUCAAAAACGAUGGGAUCUCCAGCGACAACGUCGUCGAGAGCGGCUGGUAUUCGCCACGUUUCCACAUUCCUCCAGGGAUUAUGACGUGAUUUUUCGGGUGAAUCAGAUCUUGCUUGGCCCAGCUGCAGAAAUUUUGAAUGUCCGACCAGUUGUGGGCACAGCGUUGGGAGUGAAAAUUGCGCACUGGGCGAGGCCAAAUGUGAUUGACAAAGACUUGACGAGAGAUAAUCUGUUGCGCCUGGGAUAUUCCGAGGCGGACAUUGCGCGCGUGGCCAACCACGUAGUGUAGUUGUUGUAUAAGUAAUACAUAAAAAGUAUAAGUAAUUUUUUCAGUGAUCAUGCACGGAUGGUCUUCAUACAUAAAUAUAAAUAUACUUCUAGUAGGUGUGGAUUCUAUUGAAUCUUUGACUUUGUUCAGUAUCAUAGUCUCUAAGAAAGUCGAUCUCUUUUCUAUACCUCGUCCUCACAGCAUAUUCCUAUUUAAUUCGUCAUGCAUAGAGAAAUUCCUUGUUUAUUCUGCUUGUGGUCUGAGAACAAACACACCGACACCUGUCUGAAUUUCCUGUAGAGUUUUGAGCUGCGCUCGAACUACAGAACUACCGAAUUCUGUUGUCUGUCAAACGGAAACAAGUCAUGAUUUUACUUAUAUAUACUAGCCCUCUGGAGUGGUUCCCCAGGGGCAGGCGUCAAGGGAAGUCCAAAAAAUUUGCUAGAACAAUGAACUGCAGAUGAAUGUGCAAGG